UUCCUGGCGGUUUGUGCCCCCCUGACCCGUUCCCACCCGGAAGUACUUCCUUUCCUCACUUCCCGCCACCUCCGCGCCCAACCAGAAUUCCGUGCUUCGGCCGAAUUCCGGAACAUCCUCAGUCGUCUCCUGCGCCGCGUCCAGAGCCGCCGCGGAAAAACUUACGUCUACAUCAACGAGCUCUGCACGGUGCUCAAGGCCAGAGCUCUGCGAAGGCGGAUCCAGCUCCGACCCCUAGAACCUUCCAAGUCAUCCCAGAAUUCCAUAGGAACCUCCCAGAAUUCCCAUCCCAGCGGCUCCUCCAAAACUUCCGGCGCCUCUUCCCAACCUUCUCCUCGCGCUUCCAAGCGCCAAAUCCGUUACCUGGAGAACCUUCUGCGCGUCUACGCCGGCGAAAUCCGUCGGCUGCAGGAAAGGGAGUUGGAUUUCCAGGAUUUGGAUAGCGCCGACUCUCCGUACCUGCAGGAGAACAGGCUCAAGAGGAGGAUGAUGAGGAUUUUCCGGAGGCUUUGCCAACUCAAGGAAUGCAGCAGCCUGACGGGAAGAGUCCUGGAGCAACGGAUUCGCUUCCGGGGCACGCGAUACCCCGAGGUCAACCGGCGCAUUGAGAGGUUCAUCAACGGGCCGGACGUGUUUCCGGACUACUCAGACAUCCUGCGGGAGAUCCGCGAGGCCUCGUCGCGCCACGCGCUGGGGCUGGGCCGGCGGCAGAUGGAGAACAUGGCGCAGGAAGCUUUCCGGGAAGUUGGGAAUCGUCUCCAGGAACGAAGACACCUCGACCUCGUCUACAACUUCGGCAGUCACCUCACCGACCAGUACCGCCCGGGGAUGGACCCGGCGCUCUCCGACCCUUUGUUGGCUCAGAGACUUCGUCGCAAUCGUCGCUUGGCUCUGUCGCGCCUGGAUGACGUCAUCGCCCACUACACGCAGCGGCAGGAAGAGGAUGAGGAAGAGGAAGAGAGAUGCAGGAGGAAGAGGAGGGCGAGGGGCAGUGGCAGCUGGAAAACCUCCCCAGGGACUCCCAAGGUGGGAAAUGGGGGGAGUCCCCAGGGGAAAGCACAAGAGGAAGAGGAAGAAGAGGAUGAUGAGGAGGAAGAAGAUGACGAGGAUGAGGAUGAAGAUGAGGAGGAAGAGGAGGAAGAGGAAGAAGGAGAUUCCUCUGAG